ACGAGGGGCACGUGGAGUUUGGGGCAAAAGUAGCGGAUCGGCUUCAUGCCUUAGUAUGCAGUGGUAUUGCCGCUGUAGCGGUUUGUGUUCUGAAUUCUUCUCAAUAGUGAUCUAACAGGUGUCCCAUAACUGUAUAAAUCCGACACAUCGAGAAGCAUGAUGUCGGAAACUGUGGUCACAGUUCACGAAACUACAACUCAUACCACGGGGAAUAAUCCUCGUCAGGUACCAACAGUUAAAACAGAACCUGGACAAAAUCCAGGAUUCACUCUCAAUGAUAUUAAUACGGAGUACUUCAGGAAUAAACCUGGCAUGCUCAAAAUUGUCCAAUUGCUUCUCGGAUUAAUUUCAAUGAUCUGUGUCGGAGCAGCUCCUCGAUUUUCGCCAGCAAGUUGGUUUCUUUUUGUUGGAUCAGUAGCUUUUAUCAUCACUUUUCUCUUAAUUGUUGUCUACGCUUUUAAUCUCCGAGAAUCAACAAAAUAUCCUCUUCAAAAUGUAUUAUCUUGGGAAGUAAUGUAUACAGCUGGAAUAACGUUUUUCUAUUUCACUGGGUGUCUCGCUGUACUGAUUUCUUAUCCAAGUCAUUACAAUAAAGGAGCUGCAAUAACUGGAGGAGUAUUUGGAUUGUUCACAACAGUGGCAUAUGGUUUAGGAGCAUAUUUACUAUUCGUGGAAUACAAAACCAUGACCUCACAAUGAGAAGUGAAAAUUCACACCUGAAGGAGUAUUUAACACUUUUGAUCAUUCGGAAAAUCCUCCGUUAAUUUCAAGGAUUCAUGAGAAAUCCAUAAAAAAAUCUCCAAGUCCGACGAAAUGAUUGUUCGAAGGACUUCAACAAAAAAAAAAAAAAAAAAAAAAAAUAA